GCGCGACGCAUUGCCGCUGCCGAAAGUGAACGCAGCGGUCGAUUUUUUUCCCAAACUUCCCUCCAAAAGUUUUCGACCGCCAUCUUUGGCUGCGUUCCGAAAUUUUCGUUUCUUUUUCUUAUAUUUUUUUUCUUAAUUAAAAAAGUGCAUCGAACUCGAAAAUGCAGCCAUAAGUGUAAUUUCAUGAGUGAUUACAGCGUAUUAUCGUAUCGCUCGGCGUGCAGUGAAAGUGUUUGCGUAACUCGUCGCUUCAUACGAGCCAUUACAUUAGACGUGACGGAAAUGGACCUCCUCCGAAAGACAUGUCUUGCUCUUGGUAUCCUCCAAGUGUUGCCACAAGUGAGAGGUCAAAUGCUCACUGCCAACCGACCGGGUAGCCCACUUUCAGACCACGGGUGAGUGGCAGAACCAGCAGCGCCACCCGGGACACCCGCCCUGGCACCGGUUCACCUCGCCCCGGAAGAGAUCCCCCGCCCCGGACGCCUACUUCAGCGGAGGACCCCACCAGCCCUACAUGCAGGACCAGGGGGGUCCCGGACCACAGUAUGGACCUGAUCAAAUGUCUUCGCUGUCCAAUCAGCAAUUCGCCUUCCAAAAUCAAAAUCAAGAGUUCUUCAGUCAAAAGCCAGAUCCUCAGUACUCACAGAACUUUGGCAGUCAAGGACAGUUUGGAGCCAACCAAAAUCCGGCUUCGUCAAAUCAACAGUUCGCGUUCCAAAAUUCAAACCCUCAAUUCUCGUUCAAUCAACAGUCCGAUCCUAAUCAGCAGUUAUAUAACCAAAGCCCAGUAGACCCGUCACAGUAUCAAGCCAGUGAGAACCAAUAUGCGUUCCAAAACCCAGAGAAUCCAUCCAACCAGCAGUUCUCAUUGAAGCAAAGUCCCUUCGGUCCUCAGCACAUGCAGAACUCACAAUACCUAAACCAGAAUUAUGACGGUAGAUCUACUGGCAAUCAGAUUAGAUCCGAUUCAUACAAUCCAAAUGAUGGGCGGUUGUUAUCUGACUCAGCUUUCACGAGAAUAUCGGAAACCCUCGGAGCCAUCAACACUGUAGGCCAUUAUCUAGUGGACGUGGUCAAUGACAACGAGAGAAACGAAUCGAACCCCAAUCUACAACAGCUACCGCAAGCCAUCUACACUCUGACCAAAAACGUCUUGGGCAGAAAUGUCACUGACACAAUCGCCCCAAUUGUCAAGAAGGCAUUACCGAGAGUCUUACCUGAUGCACCAAUCACGAAGAUUGCAACUGGUGAUAAAGAGAACGAUGGCAAAUACUGUACAACUCCUGAAGGGAAGAAAGGAGUUUGCGAGGAUUUGAGCAACUGCCCUCAGUUGCUUCUAAACCUAGUGAAUCUUCGAGAAUCCUUGUGCUUCAAAGACCUCUUCGUGCCGGGCGUCUGCUGUCCAGCCGACGCCGUAGUCACGACACCAGCUUACGAGAAACCCGUAGUGACUACCACCAGCAAACCCACUUUCCUGGUGCCGGUGACGACAUCUAAACCGCUGAUUAAGACGACGACCACUAAGAAGCCCUCGGCGGUGCUCACGUUGACUACCAAACGUCCGAAGCCGGUGACGACGACGACUCGGCCGACGACGACACGGCCCGCUACGGCGGCGACCGUGACCACGCUGCGGCCCGUGUCGUCCACGUACUACACCGUGCCGCCGCCCGUCAUCGCUAACUUCUCCAACAUCGUCGAUGUCAGUGAAUGCGGACAACGCGAGGACGAAGGCGGUCGCAUAGUGGGCGGCACGGAGGCGGCGGCGGGCGCCUGGCCGUGGAUGGCGGCCAUCUACCUGCACGGCACCAAGCGCAAGGAGUUCUGGUGUGGAGGCACGCUGGUGGGGCCCCGCCAGGUGUUGACGGCCGCGCAUUGCACCCGGGACUCGAAGCAGAGGCCGUUCCCCGCCCGUCAGUUCAGCGUCCGCCUAGGCGACGUGGACCUGGCUCGAGACGACGAGCCCUCGCGCCCCGUCACUGUGCGAGUCACCGCUGUGCGCGCUCACGAACAGUUCUCGAGGGUCGGGUAUUACAAUGAUAUCGCUGUGCUGGUGUUGGCUGAGGACGUCCAAAAGUCCAAGUACGUGAUCCCGAUCUGCCUGCCGGCUGCGGACCUGAGCAACGAGCUGUUUGAGGGGGCCGUAGCCACCGUCGUGGGCUGGGGGACCACCAGAUACGGCGGCUCCGAGAGCUCCCGGCAGCUGGAGGCGCGGCUGCCGGUGUGGCGCAACGAGGAGUGCGAUCGCGCGUACUUCCAGCCCAUCACGGACGCCUUCCUGUGCGCCGGGUACGCAAGAGGGGGGGUCGACGCUUGUCAGGGCGACAGCGGCGGGCCGCUCAUGCUGCAGCACAGCGGGCGCUGGACGCAGAUCGGGGUGGUCUCCUUCGGGAACAAGUGCGGGGAGCCCGGCUACCCCGGGGUUUAUACUAGACUGACGCACUAUGCACGGUGGCUGCGGCAGCAUCUGGUUUAGGAGAACUGUGGGGAGAACAUCAUCGUACAUUAGCAAUCCAAGUCGCUCGCCUGUUAAA